CUUGACAUUUCCACUGAAGUUGGAUUUUAGCUCAUCGUUGUUAUCUUUUAUAAGUUACGGUUAUUUGUCUAGUCCAAAUCUAAGGUGGUUGGAAGGACUCCGACGUCUAAGAUAUCUAGUGUUGACUGGUGUUGAUCUAUCGAAGGCGUCUGAAUCAGUUCAUUGGGCUAAACCAAUAUCAAGUCUUUCAAAUCUCGUGUCACUUCGUUUGUCCAACUGCAACAUUUCAGGAAGAAUUCCGAUAGCGCAGUUUCUUAACCUUACUAAUAUUGCUAGUCUAGAUAUGAGCUCUAACGUUCUAAAAUCCUCGAUACCUGAUCUGCUAUCGAACAUCACAACCCUCUCGGUUCUUGAUUUUAGUAGAAAUGAUUUAAAUGGUCAUAUCCCUUACCUUCCUCAACUCGAAGAACUUUCUGUUGCUAGCAAUCCUGCUGUUACCAUAGAUCUUGUUUCAAUGUUCGCAGUACCGUGGUCAAAGUUGACAUUACUCGACAUAUGCUUCACACGGGUAGGUGGAACGAUUCCUCCUUCCUUAAGUAACUCAACUUCGUUAGCCUUUUUCCGAGCUCAUGGAUGCUCGAUACAAGGGUCGAUACCUUCUUCAAUCACAAAACUUACAAAAUUAAGUGUGCUGAUGCUCAAUGAAAACGAUAUCACAGGCCAAAUUCCUGCAUCCAUGUCCAGUUUAACAAACCUUCAAUACUUAUCGCUGUUUCAGAACCGAUUAGAAGGUAACAUACCGAUUUCGGUUUGUCAAAUCUCCUCCCUAGAGUACCUGAAUUUAGAAUGGAAUGAUCUAACAGGACGUCUUCCGUUGUGCAUAAUUCAGCUUCCUAAGCUUUCAUUUCUUUAUAUUCAGAGGAAUAGGCUGAAUGGUAAUAUGCCAUUUUCUUUGUUCCGAAAGUCUAGAUUGGAUGAAAUUAGUUUAGGAACUAGCGGAUU